GAUGAAUCUCGCCUUCGCAAUGUCUUUUGGGCAGACAAGCGGUGCCGGUAUGCUUAUAGAGAUUUUGGAGAUGUGAUAACUUUCGAUACAACUUAUCUCACCAAUAAGUACGACAUGCCCUUUGCACCUUUUGUAGGAGUCAACCACCAUGGGCAAUCCAUCUUGUUCGGUUGUGGCUUAAUUUCAAAUGAGGACACCACCACAUUUGUGUGGUUGUUUACAAAGUGGCUUGAGUGUAUGGAUGGUUUUCCUCCUAGUGGAAUUAUUACCGAUCAAGAUAGAGCAAUGCAAAAUGCCAUUCAAAUAGUGUUCCCAAAUACAAGACAUCGGUGGUGUCUAUGGCAUAUAAUGAAGAAGGUGCCUGAGAAGAUGGGAGGAUUGACUGAUAAAGAUGAAGUUAUUGCUUGUUUACAUGAUGCUGUUUAGGACUCCCAAACAGGUGCACAAUUUGAGUUCGCAUGGAGUUCUAUGUUGCAAAGGUUUCACCUUAAUGACCAUGAAUGGCUACAUGUGCUUUAUAAUGAAAGACAUCGGUGGGUGCCAUGCUACUUGAGGCCAAGUUUUUGGGCAGGGAUGUCAACGACCCAACGUAGUGAGAGCAUUAACGCAUUUUUUGACGACUUUGUUCAUUCUAAAACAAGUCUAAAGGAAUUUGUUGAUCAAUACGGGCGUGCGUUGAAAUGCAAAGUAGAGAAAGAGUUCCAAGAGGAUGCUAAGUGUCUCACCAAAAUGUUGCCUU